CAGGAUGAAUGACUGGUCAGCUGACGCUGUAAUUGACCAACUUCUAUCUACGAAUAAUUUACCAUCACGUACGGCGUUGAUAGCCGCUAUAAUAGCCAUCCUUCUCUACUUACAAUGGCAAGCAAUCAUCGUUGUUGUCCUAGCGGGAUAUUUGGCGACAUCCCAGCAUUUCAGUAUUCUAGUCAAGACACUUCUACAUGAUGAUAAUUCGAUCGAGUUGAUUAGAAGUCAAUCUGAUGAAGGCGUAGUAGAAUCUAGAGAAGCUGCUCUUAAGUCGCUUCCAGGUCUUCUCACUCGACAAAAGUCAUCUUCUGGUGAUAAGCUCAACGUUUUACCUGAAUUGAGCGAACCAUUAGACUCUACUUUGAAUUUGGUUAUCAGGGAUUUUGUCGAAUGGUGGUACAUUCCUCUCGCACUCGAUCCACCAGAUAUGGCUUUCCCGAGGGAGUGCAGGAGAAGUCUGAACCAUAUAACGUCGUCGAUAUGCCAGCGUGUGGUUGAUGGACGCAGUGGUACUGAUAUUGCCAUCUUCUUAUUCUGCUCGACAGCCCAAACACUUUUGAGGGGGUUGAGGACACGUAGAAUGCCAAAUGGGAAGCUUACGGACAAAAUUGAGCCGAAAGAAAGCCAAGAUUACCACCCGCUAUUACGCAACACGGCAGCACAGAUACUCUCACUUUCAUCAUCACAUAGAGACGCAGAAAAUCCAGCACUACAAUCACUGCUCACCGAGAUUGUUGCUGGACAGAUCGAGGCGGUUGUCCAAAUUCUCACACCUGAUUGGGUCAACCUUACAGUAAUUGCCUUCUUUGAAGACGAGAAAAAGGAACAAAGGGUACGAGAAGAGGCAGAACGUAUGAGGCAGAAGGUUGAGCAGGUUGUCAAUGCCGAUACCAUCCCUGGCGAGUUCAAAGACGACAUUGAGACAUCAGAUGAAACCAAACAGAAUGAAAUAAAUGAAAGCAAUGUAAAAAAUGAGAAAAAUGAUAGUGAUAUACCCCAAAAUGAUGAUAAUGCAGAUGAGAAACCUGCAGUCAGUGAUACAACAAUGAUGGAGAAGAGACCACCACACAAAGAGACACAUCAUGGUCAAAAGCCUUCGAUAUACAUUCCACCUAAAAAGGAGCCAGUUCCUUUAGAAGAGGGUGACCUUGGUGAGACGCCAUCAGAUAAGAAACCUUCAGUCAUAUCACCGUUCAACAAACAACUGCACGAUUCCUUUGGCGAUAUAGGAGUCAAAGAUAAAAGCGAAGAGGAUACAGGGGAUACACCAUCACUUCGAGAUGUGUUAUCACAUAGGAAUGACUCUGAUGUAUACGAUGAUUUCGAGCGUUUCUUGGAAAUGAGACGUAGAGAAGGCUUGCUGAGAUUGUUGACUCAAGUUACGACAUUCAAAGAAAUAGUAUCAAUAACGAGCCCUUCUGAACCGAUAUUCAGACAAGAUGCAAUAGCUUUGCUUGCUAGAGCCGAAGAGGCAGUUUUACCAGGUGACACGCUCUUGUUGGACAGUAUCAACGCGACAAGAAUGAAGAUAGAGGUUGACGCAUCCCUGAAUGCCUUUUUACCGAUUGAAGUGGAGAUAUACACCAACCUCGAAAGCGAAUACGCGACAUUUGUAAACAUAAAGCGCGACAGUGUAUCUAACUCGUCGAACACCCAUUCAUUCGACUACAGUCAGAGUCAGUCAACUGCGCGAACUUCCAUCGAGCCAAGAAUGAGCAAAGAGUAUGAAGCAAGCUACUAUCAGCGACAAACUAAAGUUGAUGUCACUGAUCUCUCGGCAAAUGCCCAAACUGGUGACUUUGUCAAUGGCAAAACCCUCGAGUUGAUGAUUGCGAUUGAAGAGGAAGGGCUACCCGGAUGGAUGUUAUUCCGUCGUUGGAAUGAGUUUGAGAAGUUAGACAACGCACUACAAAAAGCCUUCCCGAUGGCCGGUACGGCUAGCUUCCCAAAGGCUUAUCUCCCUACGUUGAAGUUUAAGAAAAGUGAGGAUAUCUGCGCUCUCCUCGGCGCAUACAUAAAAACACUACUCAUCGAUCCUCGUUACUCCGAAUCGGCAAUCGUUACGAAUUUCCUCAAGAAAGAGCAAACUGAAACUACAGCAAAGAGCAGCAAACUAUUUAAUCUCACCCAACCAGGAAAGACUUUCACUGAGUUUGCUCAGGCCGUUUCUGACAUUGGUGUCAAUAAGAAGAGAUUGUCAUUCCCAGGUCCUAUGAAAUUGGGAGAAAAUCGAACAACAGUAGCACCUUCAACUCAAUCGAAAGAGCAACUUGGUACUAUAAGUAGCGAAGCUAUCAAUGAGGUAGACAAAACACCUUCCGAGGAAGUUGAUUAUAAGAAUUACACCAACCUUGGACAAGAUGAGAAAGAAGAGGAAGAGAAAAGUAGUAGCUAUAGCGAGAAUGAUGCAGAGGAAGAGAAUGAAGUACCUUCCAUUGCCGUAGCAGAGACACAAGAGCCGAUCGUUGAAAGUCCGUCAUCGGAAGGAGCGACGAAUGAGGCGGCAACUCCAAAUGGAGCAGCCACACCUGUUACUCCAACCAGCCCAAGUAAAUCAUCUCGGAUAGUGUCGAAUAUAAAUGAUGAAGAUCUCAACCUUGUGCUCAAUUCUAUAUUCUCAAUUUUGGAAGAAGCGUAUCAAUUGAGUGGACAACAAUGGUCAUUGAGGAGAGGAUUCUUUAGAGUCUUGGAAAGGGUAAUAAGAACGUCAUACUCUUCGACGGUAAGACUAGCACUACAGUCGAUAGUCGAAGGUGUCACUGAAGUGAAGAAUGUAUCACAGUUGCUGAACUCGCUCCGCGACGCACUCUGGCCACCACCACAAAGGGAGUGGGUAACAGCUGAGCAGAACACACGCACAGAGGAAGAAAAAGCUGAGACUAGGGAACUUGCGAAGAAGCUCCUAGUUAAUAACAAACCACGCGCUCUCUCAGGUGCUAUGGGAGAUAGUGCGACUAGGGAAGCCGUCAUUCUUCUUCAUGAGCUUUUCCAAGAUGAGGAAUUCUGCAAAGAAAUAGCAACACUAUUAGCCUUAGAUUUACUAAGAGUUUGUUUGUAAUAUGUAGUUUAUAAAAUAUUGGCCAUUCUAUUGGCUCGUUUCUUU